AAGAUCAAAUGUGGAAAUGUAUCUGGGAAAGAUGUUACGCGGCUUUAACGUGAUUUAACGGAGGCUGCACGAGACAGGCUGACGCGAAUCAUGAGACAGACGUCAUUCGGAUCUGCAUUUCGCGGUCGGCAGAUCGAGACACCUUCGGCGUUGUCAUCGCCGCACCUGACGCACGUUAGUUCGCCCGCUGGUCUGGUGUGUUGUGACAGGAGCAGCGCGGCAUCAAAGUUCAGUCAAAGUUUGGUCGUCGCGGGGCGGGAUGCGGUCGCGACCGUCGUGAUACUUCGCCAGGAACGCGUAGAAUGAUCGGACGUUUCGUCAGUUUUCGUUGAGGGCGAAGCAUCGAGAGAGCGAUGCAAAGUGCGCGCGUCAGCGAUGGGAACAUGGAGCCAGGCUGGCCGGAGAAGAGGACCAUCAGGUUCCGCGGUACCAAGUCCGAAACUCAUGUGUCAUCUCUCGACAGGCGCGUCGAGAACGUGAAUCCCGCGCGCCGCAGGCCGCAAUUAUCCGACAAUCACGAUGCGCAAAAGAAGAAGCAGCCUCGGGUAUCGCUGAUGCAAUUCUUAAGAACAGAAUUAACAAGAGGCUAUCAGCUGGAACAUGAUGAGGAAAGGUUCUCUGCGAGAAGAGAAAAGAUUUAUUCAUUCAUGAAAAUUCCUAGGGAGGUGGAGAAUUUCAUGGCAUAUGGUUUCCUUCAGUGUGCUGACUCUUUUCUAUUUGUGUACACAUUUUUACCAUUAAGAUUUGCAAUAGCUUUGUGGGCAGUGAUUACGAGACCGUUAAGACGUUACUUAAGAAAUGAGAAAAAUCAUGUAAAAAGCACAGAAAAAUAUUUAAAUUCAGCUGAAAUAUGUGAUCUGUUGAAGGGAAUUUUGAUAAUAGGUUGUUGGGUAGCAACUUGGAAAGUGGACACAUCCAUGAUGUAUCAUGUAGUUAAGAGUCAAUCGGUUAUAAAGCUGUAUAUAUUUUUUAAUAUGUUAGAGGUAGGAGAUCGUCUUUUCAGUUCUUUUGGCCAGGAUAUUAUAGAUGCCUUGCUUUGGACCGCGACCGAGCCACGAUCACGCUCAACACGUACACAACAUUUUGGUACAUUACCACAUUUCUUCUUUGCUACCAUCUAUGUAUUGUGCCAUAGUAUAUUGAUAUUGUUCCAAGCUACGACGUUGAAUGUAGCAAUCAACAGCAGUAACAAAGCUCUUCUCACAAUUAUGAUGUCUAACAAUUUUGUAGAGCUGAAGGGUUCUGUCUUCAAAAAAUUUGAUAAAAACAAUUUGUUUCAAUUAUCUUGCGCCGACAUCAAAGAAAGAUUUCAUCUUAUUAUACUGCUCCUCGCAGUGAGUCUGCAAACGAUGAAAGAGUAUGCAUGGCAUAGUGAUCGUCUCACUGUCCUGCUACAAGAUUGUUUCAUGUUGUUGCUGGCAGAAGUUCUCGUUGAUUGGGUGAAACAUGCGUUCAUUACGCGAUUCAACGAGCUGCCAUCGACCGUCUACAGGGAUUAUACUGUGAGUCUGGCUUAUGAUAUGGCGCAGACACGUCGAGAGACAGCAUUCUCGGAUCCGUCAGAUUUAGUCGCGCGGCGAAUGGCCUUCAUACCUCUUCCUUUAGGAGUCGCCAUGGGCCGCGUGUUGUGCACGACCCUGACAGCAUCCGCGAGACCCGCUAAUAUCAUACUUCUGUUACUGGCUUAUUUUAUAUUAGUAGCUCUUCGUAUAUUGAAUAGUCUAAUCAUUCUUGGAAAAGCAUGCGAUAUAAUGUCAUCGCAUGCGCAACCUGAUAGGGAUGACGCUCCCACGAAAUCUCCGUCGAAAAAUCGUGCCAAUAGCAUCGACAUAAAAAAUCCGGAUCUUGGCACGGCUAUCUUGUCAAACAGUGCCGUUAGCUUGAACAACGUCUGUUUGAACGAGGCGUUUUUGGACUCGGAAGAGGUGCAGAAAAGUGAAAAACAUCAGUGCAAUUUCGACGAGUUCACAAAUGUCACGAAAACCGUGCUAAGGACAGGAAGCGAACCCCUUCUUCCGCAAUGACAAAUCUCGAUAGCGCAAUUGAAACGUAAUGAUGUUUUUUAUUUAUAAAUUGUACAUAUUUUUUGUGAUUGUACAUAUAUAUGCACAGAUACUAUACAAAUGCUUAUUUGCAACAAUAUUUAUAUGAGAUAUCUAUGUAAGAGUAAUAAAUUUGGUUACCAUUUAUUAUUAAA